AUGGCCCAAGGCCUUACCGGCGGUCUACGAACACAACAACAACACCCCUAUUUCAACCAAAACACCAAGGCAAAAAAAGGAGAAGGCCGCAAUCCCCUUCCUGACGGACCAUCAUCUAGCAACCAAUCUGCUCGGGGUAACCAGAUCAGUGUCGGAAUAGUCAGUGAUCAGGAUCGUGAUAAUGAGUUCACAUGGGCUGCCGAUGAUCCAGAUGUCAUUAAUGUUAAGACUGAUAAGCGUGCCCCGAAGAUUCGAAAUUACCGCGACCUUGCUGGUGAGAAGGAGCAGAUCUGUACCCAUUGGGACUAUUUGGCAUCUAUGUGGGAGCCCAAUCAAGGAAGGAUCUCCGACGGACCCCUCAAUGAUAAUCAGGGAGGCCGCAACAGCUAA